UUUGUGCAGCUCCGGCCUCCGACUGUGAUUGGUCAGUUCCACACGCUGUUCUUCGGCUCAGUGCGCAUGUUCUUUCUGGGGGUUCUGGGAUUUGCAGUUUACGGGAAUGAAGCGCUUCACUUCAGCUGUGAUCCGGAUAGGAGGGAGAUCAACUUAUUCUGCUACAACCAGUUUAGGCCCGUCACACCGCAGGUGUUUUGGGCGCUCCAGCUCGUGACGGUCCUCGUUCCCGGUGCAGUUUUUCAUCUUUAUGCGGCGUAUAAAAACAUCGACCAGGAGGAGAUUCUGGAGCGGCGCUCAUUUACUGUGUUUUACAUCAUCUCUGUACUCCUGCGGAUCCUUCUGGAGGUUGCGGCUUUCUGGCUCCAGAGUCGUCUGUUCGGUUUUUUGGUUCACCCGUUGUAUUCCUGCGACUCCAGACCUCUGGACAGCAGGCUCAACUUCACCAAAUGUAUGGUUCCCGAACACUUUGAGAAAACCAUCUUCCUCAGCGCCAUGUACACCUUCACCAUCAUCACCAUGAUAUUGUGCGUGGCGGAGAUUUUCGAGAUCCUCUGCAGAAGGCUGGGGUAUUUAACACAUCAGUGAUGAUGUCACAAUAUUUACGGGGGCUCGUUUGGGAUAUUAACACGGUUUUAUUCAUUCAUUUUCCCUCACCUUUAUCCCUGAUUAUCAGAGGUGGCCACAGCGGAUUGAACCGCCAACUAUUUCAGCAUAUGUUUUAUGCAGUGGAUGCCCUUCCAGCUGCAACCCAGUACUGGGACACACCCAUACACACUUUCAUUCCCACACGAACUCAUGCACUACAUCUUUGGACUGUGAGGUAAAUUACAUAAUAAAUUUUAAAAAAUUACAAAACAAUUAAUAAAAGGGACUAAGCUGAAGGAUAAAAUGAAUGAAUGAAUAAGUGUUUAGUGGAAAACUGAACACUAGACUAAACUAAAAUUCCCACAUUUUAUAAAACAUAUUUAUGGAGGCUCUUCCGGGAUAGUAGCUAAGUAACAUUUUUCUGCAAACUGCAAUGCCAUCCAUUCAGGUGUUUUCACAUUUUCCUGUAGCCUCACUGCGAUUAAUAAUAGAUGUGAGAUGCAGAAAGUAAAUAUUUUUGCACAAUGAUUUAUUGUUUGUAUUGCUUAUUCUUUAGUAUAGUCACUGCUGAAUGUUGUUGUGUAAUUUUUUACACCAUGAAUUGUCGUGUAUUGUUGAUGUUUUCAUGCAAAUAUUAAAAACUAUUUA